GUCAGAGCGUCAGCUGGUCAAUGUUUACAUCCAGCAUUGUGCUUGCUGGCCCUGAAUGUUUCUGAACAAAAGCUUGAGAAGCGCCAAAACGCUGAAGGAAUUAUUAUUAUUAGUCAAAGAAAAAAAUAACGCUUAAACCAACACGUCUUCGAUUUUCGAUUCGGUAUUAGUCAACGUAGCUGUUGGUGGCUGCGACAACGGCUUGUCUUUCCUCCAAGCAGAAAUUCCACCUGGUCCACCUGUCACUCCAGCCAAGAUGGGUGGAGCCGUGAGUGCUGGGGAGGACAAUGACGAGUUGAUUGACAACCUGAAGGAGGCGCAUUACAUCCGCUCAGAGCUGGUGGAGCAGGCGUUCCGCGCCAUCGACCGCGCGGACUAUUACCUGGAGGAAUUCCGCGACAAUGCCUACAAAGACCUGGCCUGGAGGCAUGGCAACAUCCACCUUUCUGCCCCCUGCAUCUACUCUGAGGUGAUGGAGGCCCUGGACUUGCAACCAGGUCUCUCCUUCCUCAACUUGGGCAGCGGCACUGGUUACCUGAGUACCAUGGUGGGCCUCAUUCUGGGUCCAUUUGGUGUAAACCAUGGGGUAGAGCUGCAUGCUGAUGUGAUAGAGUAUGCCUACCAAAGACUGGAGUUUUUCAUCAAAACCAGUGACAGCUUUGACAAGUUUGAAUUUUGCGAGCCCUCCUUUGUGGUGGGAAACUGUCUGGAGAUCACGCCGGAGAGCAGGCAGUACGACAGGGUGUACUGUGGGGCGGGGGUGCAGAGGGAGCAUGAGGACUACAUGAAAAACCUGCUGAAGGUGGGGGGGAUCCUUGUCCUUCCCCUGGAGGAGAAGCUGACCAAGAUCACUCGCACUGGUUACAAUAGCUGGGAGACCAAGAAAAUCAUUGCUGUUUCCUUCGCUCCCCUGGUGUUGCCAAAGAACAGGGAUAAUGGCAAAACCAAAAUGGUUCCACUACCAGCCAUGUUCGAGGUGCGAUCCUUGCAGGAUCUGGCACGCAUUUCCAUCCGGCACACCCUGAAAAAGACGUCGGGGCAGGAGCGCGGGCACGGCGGGGGCGUGGCCAGGGGCGGGAUCGGGGGCGUCCCCAAGGCCGGCCCGCGCUUCAAGCGCAGACGCAUGCACCGGCGGCGCAUGGACUCCGUGCUCCUGGCCAACAAGCACGUGUUCCUCAACCGCAUGCUCCCGGGGCCCAUGGACGACAACAACAACUGCGACGGCGCCGAGGAAGAGCGGGCGGACGAGAGCGAGAUGGGAGGCGAGGCCGAAGAAGAGGAAGAGCAAGAGGAGGAGGAGAGGGAAGGCAGAGAGCUCAGGUCCGAACCUGCUAUCAACGUACUAAGAGAGAGGAUCCUCGGUUUGCCUCUGCCGGAGCCCCUCAAAAUGUACCUGCUCUAUUACCGUGAGAAAUAAGAUACUCCCAGUGCCACCCAUCCAGAAUAGUUUUAUUCCAGAUGCAGAGAUAAACAAGACUACAGUUUCCAGCGUCCUCCUCCCUCGACAGGUGUGGCAAACUUUGUAGGCAAAUAAGCCACCUUUUUUUCCAAAUGAGCCUCCCUGGGUCUCGGUUUGCUCUUGUUGCUGGAAGGAGAAGGAACACUUGUUUUGAGGAGAGUGGGUGGUUCUCGGUGGAUAGAUGGGAAGUAUUAUCGUUUGCUUUGCUGUACUUUUCACUAACUUCUCUCUGUUUGUGCAAUGUAAUAUUUGGUCUGCCGUGCAAAAAUUUCAGUUUAAUUAUGACAGUGUAACUCUAUGGAGGCUGCAUGGUCUUGACUAAUAGCUGGUGGAAAUUGUGCAAGGCACCUUUAAAUGAUGGAUUCUCAACUCCCGCCACUCACCAUCUCCCGCCCUCCACAUCUCUGCUUGGGAGUUGCUGUUUGAUAGCAUAUUCUAAUCUGAACAUAGGCCAUGUUCCAUACUAUUUAAACUCCAAGAGUUUGCUGUGGGCAUAUCAUUUCAUGUAGUGAGAUACCUGGAGUUGCAGUGCUGCCUGUUCACCUAUAGCAACGUAAUGGAGAAAAGACUAAGAAAGUUGGCUGCUCAUUUUCUGUCUCUGUUGAUUUUUUGAAAGAUAUAGUCUGACUACUGACAUUACCAGGCUCUUAUAAUUAGCACUUGACUGUAUAUCCCAUUUUAAUAAAAAUCAUCAGAAUUUGGGGAGAAAAGCAGACAGCUGGACCAGUGGAAAGUUAUAGCUGUAGUGUGGCCUUAUGAAAGGGAGAAAAAUAUUUUGGACAAUAAUGUAUUCAAAGGAUAAUGUAGUUAACCAAGACAGUUUGGUAUGUGAAGAGGAUGUAUAAAUUGCUGAAUGCUCUUUUUUCGCACCUUAUUCGGGAUCACUUUCAGUUGUUUAAUGCUAGGAUUUUGCAUUGUCUUCAUUACAGUAAGAGUUGAGUUUAUUUCAACACCAGACAGUGAUGUUUGAUGGUUUUGGGAAGGGCCAGAGGUACUGGAUUGUUUGGAAGAGGAAACUGGCUGAUGCAUGCUCAUGUAUGUCUAUUUGAAUAUGUCUCACAAAGAUAACUAAGGUAUCUGAAAGCCAAAGGUGGUUAAAAGUUUCCUGAAAAAAUAAAAUCAGCAAGGUAAAAUUACAGACCUGCUGUAAGAAAUAUACAUAUAUUUAUUGAUAGACAAAAAGAAAAGAAAUAACAUAAUGUGGCACAUGGACCUCGCUACCAUAUUCUGUGCCAAAUGUGCCUCCUUUGCCAUAACAGUUGAGCUUAAAUACCAUUCUUUUUUCCAUUUUGGCAAUAUAAGUCUGUCACAUUCCUUUAAAUCGGUCCAUUAUUAAGCUUGCCAACAUCACAUGGAAACAAUGGCCACAUCGACUGUGUCUGCUACACAACAGAAGAGGUUAAUCCUACACAGGGCCAAUCAGAAUUUUUUCAGUGUAAUUCACUGAAAAGUUGUACAUUUAUUGGCCCUUUAUUUUUUCACACAACUGCUUCCGAAUGCUAGGUGGUUUAUGUGAGAUUGAACAACUGGUCAUCAGAGUAAAGGAAGUGUUGAACACUGUAGGGUGCAGUAGGGUGUAGCUUCCUCUUACUUCUCUAGAAGGAACCUGCAACUCCAGUAGACUUUGCAGUAGUACAGCUAUCUGUAUGGGCCGUUUGAAAAGGGGUUUUUUUUUAGGCCCUUUAUCUAAGUGGUUCCAUGUGACACAGGAGCCAGUGGAUGAUGUGGCACUGUGCAUGCUGGCUGGACAAAAAAUGACCUGGCCCAUCCAGCCUGCACUGCUUCUACCCUGUCCUCUUUCCAGAGCUGUGCACGCAGAAGGUCUUUCUUGUGCUAGUAUGUGGUCAUGAAAGCAGGGGGCGUAUAACAGAUAUUGGCUGGUUCCUUUCAGAGAUUAAAUAUUUUCUCUCAUUACUGCCAUUCAUUUUGUUUAGCAAGCAUAGCAUCCUUUACUUACCAUAAUGAGCAGAUAGGCUCAUUUGACUCUAACCCGUGCAGUCUUCAUUAAUAUUGUUUGCACCUUUUUUAUUUUCAUUCCAUUACCUUUGACGUCUACACGUGCACAUUUUUUCCCCAACAUAUAAAAAAAAAUGAUGGAAUGGAUUUACUAAAUAGCUUUUCCUUAGGUCAUUAUGGUUCCUGGCCAGCAUUAUUAACAGUGUGAAAAAAGAGGAAAAAUGCUGAUUAUUGACGGAACAAUUUAUAGCCAGAUGGUGUGCAUCAUUUUUUAAAUUUUGUUUAAUUUUCGAAAGCUAUAGAUUCAAUAGUUCUUUGUGUGAUUUUUCAACCAUAUUUUCCUCAUUUUGGAUGAGGUCUAAUGCAUACGUAUUGAUUAAAGUUUAGUAACAGAGUGACAGUGAAGCUGAGGACAUAAUUAGUUCCUUUUGAUACUGACCACCGACUUUAUUCAUUUACAAAUAAGCUGUUCUAAUAAGUGCGAUGUCAGUGCCAAAUGUUACCUGCGUGGACCCUGCAUUUCUAAAGGAAUCGUUCUUACGAUGUUUCUGUUUGUACUGUAUCUCUAGGGUUUUCAUAAGUUUCAGCAUUUUUGGCAAUUGUAAAUUUGUUGUACUUUUGCACAUAUAUGAUGUGUAAUAGAAGAUGUUUUAUUGGCUGCUGUUGACAGAAUUAAAUAAAUGUGGAAGAAAUGA